AUGGUUUACGGCAAAAGGUGUCAUUUGCCGGUAGAGCUGGAGCACAAGACAUUUUGGGCAGUUAAUAAGGUGAACUAUGACUGGAAUGAGGCAGGCCAAGCAAGGAAACUUGAGAUGAACUAUGACUGGAAUGAGGCAGGCCAAGCAAGGAAACUUGAGAUUCAAGAGUUGGAGGAAAUCAAAAGAGAGGCGUAUGACAAUGCAGUUCUCUACAAAGAAAGAAUGAAGAAGAGUCACGACGCCCUGAUCAUGAACAAGUUGUUCAACUAUGGGCAAAAGGUCCUUCUGUACCAAACUCGGUUCAAAUUUGCCUCAGGGAAGCUAAGUACAAAAUGGAUUGGACCGUUUGAAGUACAAGCCCAAUUCCCAAAUGGAGUUGUCGAAGUCAAGAAUCCAAAGUCAGGGAAAGUAUUCAAGGUGAAUGGGCAAAGAUUGAAGGCCUAUUAUGGGCAUGAACCAGGAAUUGGGGAGGAGCUUGAUCCAUCCCCAGACACAAAUCUCUCUGGAUAA